AUGGUCACAGAACUUCCACCUAUAUCUGCAGUGUUUCUCUGCAAAUUUGACGUUCACAGUGGCUAUGACUUGCACUGGUAUAAGACGAAUAACGAUCAUCUGUAUGAUUUGAAAGGCGUGGAGUUUAGUUCUCUUCCAUCUGGAUUACACUCAGUUUCCUCGGAUACAAUAAUGUUUGCUCGUCAGAAGGGAGACAUGGAUGGUGAUGAUCAUGUCAGCAAGGACAAACUUCUUUAUGGAAUAUCGAUUUUUCAUCAAAAUAAGCUUGACGAUCAGAAGAACGGUACAACAUCAGUAUCAGUGGACAGAUCCUGUGUCAAAAUGUACUCACUUGGUGUUUUGAUUGAUCCGGUGCAUGUCAGUUUAUUGCAGGAUAUGUCUGCGGAUUCACCAUGGAAACCACGAGUGUAUUCAGCUUGUUGGCAAUACCGCAAAGAACUAAGCCAUCUUUUGGACGGGUUCAUGCUUUGUAGCGGUUCUAUUGCCGAGAAGGCAUAUUUUUCGAAGUUUGAUGCAUUCUUUGAUAAACAUAAAUAUAGGUUGGUCUAUGAGCCAGAAAUUGGACUGGAAGUCUCGUCUCAUAAUGCUAAAAUCAACACUCCCAAAAUGACAUUUCUCACAAACCAGCCUGACCCUUCCUCACCUACAAUUUCGACGGACGAACUCACAUCCAUAGAUAUGUCAAUAGAUGCAUCCGAGUACGAUACAGAAAGCCAUCUGGUGUUUGGAUUGGAGACAAUGCUUGAGGUAUUGGGUCCUCUGGUAUAUGAAAUUUGGAAGCUCUCUCUAUUAAGGAAGCGGAUUCUCUUUUAUAUGGUGCCGGAGAAUGGUAGCGUGGUUUCAAUUCAAGAGGAACAGAGGACAGAAAAGUCACUACUAAAGGUUCAGGAUAUGUGCAAAUUCAUAUACAGUUUAUCGUUGAUUUCUUCAAUCCCGAAGAAGUUGAAACAACAGCUAGUGAAAUCCGACGUAAAAAACAUGGACGAAAUCGAGUUUAACCUACCUUUUUAUAAUUUUUGCAUCAACGAUAUUGAUUUUGUGAAGAAUAUUUCAGGUGGCUUUUUGGCUUGCACAACGGACCAGAUAUUACUUGAGAAGCGAGAUCUGUAUGACUACUGUGUGCGGAUACCAUCAAAUUUGGGCCGUGGCGGUGCUAAACCUGCCAUCUUUAGCUCUCAGGAUGCAUCAACAAGUAUACAUGCGACGCAUCGUGAUCUGGAGGCGUUUUUGCUCGUGAAACAGUUUAUAGAAGCAAGUACAGCUUUAGGAGAUGCCGAAAUGGACACCUCGCGUGCCAGCUUUACAAGUAUGUCAAGCUUGAUUACACCAGUCGUUUCCAGUGUUGGCCAGAAGCGUGCCAGUCAGACUACAGACGGUGAUUCCUAUUACGUUGAAUUAGCUGAGAAGAUUUCAUUGCAAGAGAUGAUUUGGCAAGGCAUUUCAUGGUGGGCGACUGCGGGCGAGUCGUCUAAGGAAAUAGAUGAGAAGUACACACUGGAAAAUGCGUUAUUUCAGGAUCUGGAGGAGGCUGAUGCGACUCCUGAUAAGAUUGACAUCAUAAUUUCGCUCAUCGGAUAUUUCCAACGGAAGACCGAUCGACUCUUUGUUUCUCUGAUCGAGCUCAUGCUGAAUGAAGACAGCGAUGCGUUUAAUGAGCAUGGAGUGGAAGGAUCUUCGGCCACAGUGUGCAUUCAUCCGCAUGAUAUGUUAGAAAUGGGGCUGGACCCUUACAGUUCUACAGAUUGUAAACUUUUGCAGGAAUUAGUGCACGUGUGGUGGGGCAGAGAUGCUGAUGUUGGUGGGGUGUGUGCACGGAUGUGCUGCUUUUAG